UCUGGUCUUGACCCUCUGUGGAUGCUACCGUCUCCUCCUGUCUGCGUUUUCUUUUCUACUCUUUUUUGUCUCCUGAUUGGAAGCAAACAUGGCGUUCAGACACUCAGGUCACAAAAGUUAUCUCAGCUCCACCAUGACUGAUCGCUUCGACUGCUACUACUGCCGGGACAACCUGCACGGGAAGAAGUACGUGAAGAAGGAGGAGAAGCACGUGUGCACCAAGUGCUUCAACAAGCUCUGCGCCAACACCUGUGCAGAGUGCAAACGUCCCAUCGGGGCUGACUCCAAGGAGCUGCACCAUAAGAACCGCUACUGGCACGAGGACUGCUUCCGCUGUGCCAAGUGCUACAAGCCCCUGGCCAGCGAGUCCUUCAACGCCCGCGACGAUGGCAAGAUAAUGUGUAGCAAGUGUGGCUCCCGGGAGGACGGCAACCGUUGCCAGGGCUGCUACAAGGUGGUCAUGCCAGGAUCCCAAAACGUGGAGUAUAAAAACAAGAUGUGGCACGAGGAGUGCUUCAUGUGCUUUGAGUGCAAGCAGCCGAUCCGCACGCAGAGCUUCCUGGCCAAGGGCGAUGACAUCUACUGCGCUCCCUGCCACGACAAGAAGUUCGCCAAGAAGUGCUUCCACUGCAAGCAGGCCAUAAGCUCAGGAGGGAUCAGCUACCAGGACCAGCCCUGGCACUCCGAGUGCUUUGUGUGCCACACCUGCCGUAAGACUCUGGCUGGAGCUCGCUUCACCUCCCACGAGGACAAGGUCUACUGCGUGGACUGCUUCAAGAGCGAUGUGGCCAAGAAAUGCCAUGGAUGCAAAAACCCCAUCACAGGGUUCGGCCACGGCACCAACGUGGUGAACUACGAAGGAUACUCCUGGCACGAGUAUUGCUUCAACUGCAAGAAGUGCUGCCUCACGCUGGCCAAUAAGCGCUUCGUCAUCAAUGAAGAACACAUCUACUGCCCCGACUGUGCUAAAAAGGUUUGAACUGCAAAUGAGCUGCGCAGAGGAGUCUGUUUCUGCUGGAAUGACACCAAAAACAGACCUUAAGACGGUUCAUUUGCAAAAGAACACAUUUUGUUGUUGAAUUUGGAAAAUAAAGGCGAAAGAGUCAAUGUAGGCGCCGCUUCUCUUUUUAACAUUGAGCAGAGUUUUUUUUGUCAACUAACUAUAUCCUAGUUUGAGUCAUGUAUCUAUAUAUACAUUAUUGCAACGUGUCUGGUGUUGGAUACAAUAAUGGCACCAUCAUUUGAUUUGGGGGACUGUGAUGUGCAACAUUAGUCACAUUUAAUCCAGAAUUCUGUGCAGCUUUGAGACAAAAGCCUUUUUAGUGCCUUACUGGAAUCAGAAUAUGCUUUGUACAUGCAUACUGCUCCUCAUGCAUACCAGCUUUCAUUAAUAAUCUGUUGCAUUCAUGUUUGAAUUGAUUAAAGGAAUUUACACAAAUGUUUAGAGGGAAUUUACAUUAGAUCUUUGAGAUUGAUGCCAACAUAUAAAAUGCUCAUGUAUUCAAGACUUUGUGGUUGAAUUAAAAAUAAAACAAGAAUAAAAGGUAGAAGUAG